CCCUUCAUACAUUAAAUUAACGCAAAGCCGCGCAUUAAAUACAACAGCCCGCUCCGUUUACGCCUUUGACUCUACCAGGCAUCUAAUUUAAUACUCUUUCUCCUGUGACUCUUCGAAGAUGGAGACCAACGACGCUACCUGUGCGGACAUCGAUGCCCAAUCACCACCACCACCACCACCACCAUACGAAGCUGCUGCCACCCAUGCUCAAAGUCAACGACUUCAACCCGAAGAACUACCUACCUUGGUUCUUGAUGGAGUCUUGAUAUAUUCUCGGUUACAUCAAGACCGCCCGCUUUACGAACUCAACAGCCCACCGUGCGAAGCGCUAUGGCCCAAGUACACCCUUCACAAGAUUCGGCACAAAGUCUCGCAGGCAAACGGUUCGGUCAAAAUGAGGUCGCGCAAGGAUCACAUCUACACCAUCAAUUCCAACUACGUGAGCUUUGGGAUGCGAAGUGUUCAAAUUUUUGGAAAUGCAGGCCUAAAAGAUGUUUUCAAAGAGGUGUCCAUGUCUCAAGGUAUCGGGCCUUCUUCAUUCAAGGUCGCGGGGCAUUUUCAAAUAAGUCGAUCGGCCAAAAAUCGAUUGCAGCAUGGCAGCGAAAUUUGUUGGAUGGAUACCGACGGCCAACUGAUUGCAGUUGAAACCAAGGUGGAGCGUGAUGAGGAAGACAAUAUCCAAGAACCACCUCGCCUCGAGAUCAAAGCGAAGCGGGAUGAGAAAGUCCUCGAUCUCUUAGUGGCAUGUUGGUGUGCGCGGUUAUGGAAACAGGCUGAAAAAGAAUUGACUGAACCAAUCACAUGGGACUCAAUUAAAAAGACUGUUGGGAGAUACUCUAGAAGCGGGACCAUUUGGGGUAAUUAUCGGUAGUUGCAGCUUGGCAGUCAUGACUACCACUCUUCGAAUACGGCUUGGAAUGCAGUCUCAUCGCAGACAAAUAGUCUAGCUAUUAGGGCCGGAGUCCCAAGCAGCGGUCUGAUGCAAAUCCGAUGGGGAGUGCAAAGUCUCUGCAUCAGAAUUGACGUAAGCCGGAAGGAGUCGAAGGAGUUAUAGGGAGGGGGACAAUGUUGGGAAUUACUACCCAGUCUUACAAGUCUAAAAGACUUGGGCACGCGCAAUUGCAGGAACUCACAGCGAGCGCUUAUGUACAUAGCAGCAACGGGGACUCGUAAUCAAUUCUAAUAGAAAGCCGACAACUAGGUCUAAGCAUACUGGUACAAAAAUUGAUGACAGAUCUCAGCCGCGGUGGGCGAUGUUCCUAUCGCUAGACGUUCAAUGGAUUCAAUGUAUCUUUUUCACGAUCUUCCUGUCGUUC